CUUAUGGAAAGCCACACUCAUAUUCACUGGUGUUUAGUGCGAACACACUGUCUUCUAUAACUCCCAAAGCCAAAUGGAGUUUUCUAUGCUUGUAUGUUACAGCUAUGGGAUUAUACUGGAAUAUGCUUUGAUGCUGUCUUUUACGGGAUUGAUCUGAGGAGUUUUAACACCAACCACAAGAACAAGUUGGCUAGCGACAUUUGAGCAUAGAUCUCUUUGAUUUAUGGAACCAUAUGGAACAACAUGUCACUGCCCAUUGCCCAUCGAGAGCCACAUGGAGUACACAUCGGAAUAUGACCAUCUCAUUCACCACAGGAAAUCAUUUCGUUUGGAAAAUACAUUACUUUGGAAUAUAUGCCGAGACGUAUUGAUUGGAUUGAAGACUUAAUUUAAGAGCAGCUGCUGCUGAAGAAGUCAUGGCAGCUCAUCCACAGGAGGCUCGUAGAGCACCUUACCCAUCAUCUCAAAAUGGUAGAACGCAAAGCAGAGGCGGCGGAAAUCGUCAGAAGUCACGGAUCCAAGGAGGCUGGGCAGCAGAUGCUCAUCAGCCAAGAGGGCGAGUGCAGGCUAGAGGGCGGGGCCAGCCCAAUUUUAGAGGGAGGGGCUACCAUCCUACACUGCAAUGCAACUUAGGCCCUGACCCCACCCAAGAGCCCCCAAGCGAUCCCAACCCUCAAGCACAGGAAUAUCCCCCUGGCUUGAACCCUUAUGCCCCAGAAUUCAAAAGUGCUGGUGGUCCGCCUAAGCAGGAACAGUCCCAAGAUAUGCCAUAUCCGGAGCACACUGUCACCCCUCAUCAGGGCUACUUCGGCCAGCCACAUGAUCUGAUGCAUCAAGGUUACAAAUACAUCCCACCUGCACCUGAAGAACAAGUCAGCGUCCCAGAAGAAACAAAACCUAAAAUGAUAGAGGAAGAUGGGGAGUAUAUAAUCAGUGAAGAACCAUCGGGCAAGUCACGGAUUGUCCUGUUUAAGAAUUUCUUAAGUCAGGAGGAAGCAGAUGAGGCUCUGUGCCAACUAGAACAGGAAAUCAAGUUCAAACAACAAGUCAACAAAAACAGAGCAGGGAAGGACUAUCUAGAGCCGCGCCUUGUCCGCUGGUUUGGGGAGCACCCUUAUGCUUACUCUAAAGUCAGGAUGGAAGCUAAUGAAGAGUGGCCUCCUGCACUCUUGCGAUUAAAGGAAAAAAUUGAAAAGAAAAAUGACCUGACCUUCAACUCGGUGCUGGCUAACCUGUACCGCACCGGCAAAGACGGAGUGGCAUGGCAUAGCGAUGAUGAAUAUGGCCUGCGAGAGCAACCCAAGAUUGCAUCCUUGUCACUCGGAGAAACUAGGAUGUUUGAGAUGCGCAAGAAACCACCCAAGGGGAUCAACCCAUACGAGUUUGACUACACCACCAGUGAGAAGCUGACGGUACCCUUGACUCACGGUGCUCUGUUGCUGAUGACUGAUCACACACAGGAUGAUUGGCAGCAUCAAGUACCCAAGGAGUACCAUGACAAACAGAAGCGUAUCAACUUGACGUUCCGGACGAUAUACCCGGACGCAAGACAUGAAAGAAAACAAGACCGAGUCUUGAAACUAGACUAGAAGGUAUAGAAUCAAAUGGAAAAGUCAUCUCAAUUGGAAAUUGAAGUGCUUUGUUUCUGAAAAUGUCAUUUUAAGUUAAGCAUGUUAUUUUUUACUUCGUUUAGCCCGAUGUCGUGUGGUGGUAAUGUAUUUCUUAUAAUUAUACAUGCUCUGUCCCCCUUUCUGUCUCUGGGGAUUUCGUUUUUACAGAUUCCAAAUAUUUUGUCAAUUCUAGUUUUUAAAACUUAUUCAGCGUUAGAAGCUUGUAAUAUAGGCAUAGAUCUCUAGAACUUAGUAUUCGUGCAAUAUUUUUUUGUAUAAAUAUAUAAAUGUGAUCAGCAAUUAACAUUUGAUGUACUAGAAGAGAUUCUUCUUGAAACUGCGAUGUCGGAAACCGGUUCCAGACGAUGGUAUCAGUUGCCCGUAACCAACUUUACAAAUUACUUGGCAAUUUCUCAGAUAAUAAAAAAGAAAGGUUUUGAAUGUCAUUUGUGGGGAAUGUUCAAAAUGAAAGCCAGGCUGCAUGGGAAAACAAAACAUAGUUGUUGCAGAGACAGGGACAAAGGGGUUAAAUAAUGGGAUCUCACUAGUCAGAAGUUGAUAAAACAUCUGUGGCAAUCAUUUUUUCUUUCACUUUUGGUGGGGGAGGGAGAGGACAUGUAUUGAGUCUUUAACUUAUUAUAUUUUUAUUGGAGUGAUUCUUGUUAAGUGCCUUAGUUGUGUUAUUACUUCAUGUACAUGUAUAAGUCAACAGCUCUCUUUUGGAAAAUACUUGCAUUUCAUAUGUCUUUUAAAGAUUAGUGUAUAUUAAAGACAUCUGACACAUGUUCUGUUGCGUCACAAGAAACAAAAUGUUUAUUACUUAGCAUGCGUGUAUAACCCGGAUCUUAACAUGAUGGGAUGUCUUUUGACAAUAUACUUCUAAACUUUUCACCUUUUUUUGCACAAAAGAGAGAUGUAAGUUUACAGAAACACCAGGCAGAAUUAAUCUCUUUUGUGAGUUUGUGAAGGUUCUGAGAAGAGCCGGUAAUUUUUACUCUCUUAAAAUACAAUUUUAUUAACUACUAUUUAUUCUUUUGAUUUAUUAUGUUUAUUUGAACUUAAAAAUGUCUCAAUGAAUGGAAUGUAUUUAAGAAAAUUAAUCAUUUCAGAUUUAAAAUAUGAAAUAGUAGUGAAAUAUUCACAUACAUGUAUUGAUGGUAUCAUUAAAAUCCUAUAUUAAAAGAU